UCAACCUAUUACUAUAUACUAGCCAAACUAAGCAGUAGGCACGACUCGAUCUAGGUUACGUUCUAGAGAACGUUACACGACGCUAGCUAGCUAGCAUCUGCCAUACCUCCAAGGCUCCAAUGGCGGCGGCAGCAGAACAGCAAGGAGGAGGGGGCGAGCUUCAGCUGCUGGGCACGUGGUCGAGCCCAUGGGUCAUCCGGGUGAGAGUUUCGCUGGGGCUGAAGGGGCUCAGCUACGAGUACAUCGAGCAGGACCUCGCCAGCAAGAGCGACCUCCUGCUCAGGUCCAACCCGGUGCACAAGAAGGUGCCCGUCCUCAUCCACGACGGCCGGCCGGUGCUUGAGUCGAUCGUCAUCCUGCAGUACGUCGACGAGGUCUGGGCCGGGGCUCCGCUCCUCCCCUCCGACCCCUACGACCGCGCCACUGCACGGUUCUGGGCAGCAUACAUCAACGACACGUUUUUCCCGUCGUGGAUGGCGCUGUUUAGGUCGACGACGGACGAGCAGAGAGCAGAAGCGUUCAAGAACGCCGUCCCUGUGGUGGAGACGUUGGAGCGAGCGUUCAGGGAGUGCUCAAAGGGGAAGGCCUUCUUCGGCGGCGACUCCGUCGGGCUCGUGGACGUCGCGCUCGGGAGCCACCUAGUGUGGAUCAGGGUGGUGGACGACGUGGCAGGCACCAACCUUCUGGACGAGGCCAGGUUCCCGGGCUUGGCGGCGUGGGCGGAGCGGUUCUUGGCCGUGGACGCCGUCAAGGAGGUGAUGCCGAACGCCGGGAAGGUUAUGGAGCAGUACAAGGGGUUUCUGGCUAAAUGGAUUGCUUCUAGACAAGCCUCGGGUAACACUGCAAUGGCGACCGGAGGCGAGCUGCAGCUGCUGGGCUCGUGGUACAGCCCGUACGUGAUCCGCGUCAAGGUGGCGUUGGCGAUGAAGGGGCUUAUCUACGAGUACAUCGAGCAGGACCUGUUCAACAAGAGCGACCUCCUGCUGAGGUCCAGCCCGGUGCAGAAGAAGGUGCCCGUCCUCAUCCACGGAGGCAGGGCGGUGUGCGAGUCGCUCGUCGUCGUGCAGUACGUCGACGAGGCCUGGGCGGGGACCGAACCUCCUCUCCUCCCGGCCGACGCCCACGACCGCGCCACGGCUCGCUUCUGGGCAGCCUACAUCGACGACAAGUUUUUCCUGGCUUGGAGGGGAUUGUUCUGGUCGACGACGGAGGAGAAGAAACCAGAGGCGUUCAAGAACGUCGUCCCUGUGGUGGAGACGUUGGAACAAGCGUUCAGGGAGUGUUCCAAGGGGAAGGCCUUCUUCGGCGGCGAUGCCGUCGGGCUCGUGGACGUCGCGCUCGGGAGCUUCCUGGUGUGGAUCAAGGUGGUGGACGAGGUGGGCAGCACCAACCUCCUGGACGAGGACAAGUUCCCCGGCCUGGCCGCGUGGGCGGAGCGGUUCUUGGCGGUGGACGCCGUCAAGGAGGCGAUGCCGGACGCCGGGAAGCUCUUGGAGCACUACAAAGGGUUCCUGGCUAAAUGGGCUGCACGGCCUGCACCUGCUCCUGGUGGUGGUUAUGACUAAUUAUUGCUUUGUCCAUGAGAUUCUACUACGAGAGUCUCUGUUGAGACUUGAGAGGAGGUUCGUGUUGAAUGACAGAGAGGUUUUUCUGAGAUCUAACUGGUAGGUAUUUACCAUGUGUUAGCAGAUAAUUUUAUUCAAUAAGAAUGAAUAUAUGGUU